UACUUUGUAUACACAUUACAUCAGUCACACGUGUUAAUCUUGUCUAUUUUUAUUUAUUAAAUACUAAUAAUUUAUCAAUAAAUAUUUAAUAUAAAUUAGCAAUUAAAAUUUAAAAAAAUGGAAAAUCAAGUAGCCAAUACGAAUUAUAUUAAAUCUGGAAUUAUUGAUUUUGCUGCUGGUUCAAUGGGUGGAAUUGCAUUGGUUUAUGUUGGUCAACCAUUGGACACAGUUAAAGUUAAAAUGCAAACAUUUCCAAAUUUAUACAAAGGAAUGGUUAAUUGUUUUUUAAAAACAUUAAAAACAGAUGGUUUAACAAGGGGUUUAUAUGCUGGUACAAUUCCAGCAAUUGUUGCAAAUGUUGCUGAAAAUUCUGUUCUAUUUGCUGCUUAUGGUGGUUGUCAAAGAGUCGUUGCAAAUUUAGCAGGAAAAGAAAAAAUAGAACAUUUAAAUACAUUUGAAAAUGCAAGUUCUGGAUUUUUAGCUGCAUUUUUUUCAUCAUUAACAUUGUGUCCAACAGAAUUAAUUAAAUGUCGAUUACAAGCUAUGAAAGAAGUUCAAUCACAAAAUUCAUCAAGUGGUAUAAAACCUAAUCAUAUUGGUCCAUGGGCAUUGACAAAAGAUAUUAUUAAAACCAAUGGAGUAGUUGGAUUAUUUCGUGGAUUAUCAUCAACAAUAGUAAGAGAAAUGCCAGGAUACUUUUUCUUUUUUGGAGCAUAUGAAGGAACAAGAGAACUUUUAGCAAAUCCUGGACAAAAUCGUGAUGAUAUUAGUUGGCAAAAAACAAUGGUUGCUGGUGGUGUUGGUGGAACUGUAUUAUGGCUUGUUAUAUUUCCUGCUGAUGUUGUUAAAAGUAGAAUACAGGUACAAAAUAUAAAAGAACCAGCACUUGUUGUUAUGAAAGAUAUAUUUAAAAAAGAAGGUAUCAGUGCAUUUUAUAAUGGUCUAAAGCCAACACUCAUUAGAACAAUACCAGCAACAGCUACAUUAUUUUUAACAUAUGAAUAUACAAAAAAAUAUUUAAAUACAUUUUUUGGAGUUUAAAUUUUAACAACUAAAAACAUACAAAGACUCAAAGAUUGUUGUUCGUAUUAAAAAAUCACGUUCCAGCUGUUUAAUUUAGUUAAUAAAUCUUGCAAUUAUUUUUUCUAUUGUAAAGUCGUUAUUAAUAAUAAAAAACAAAAAAAAAA